CAAAAACAAAUCUAAAGUCAAUAAAAUUUCAACUUCCUCUCUCCCCCCUUUUUUUCUCUCUCUCUCUCUUUUUAUAUAUAUACUAGACUAUGCGGCCAUCUUUGUUUGCCUUACUAGCUUUUUCGAGUAUUGUAGUCAACGCUAUUAAAUUUGACCUGCCUGCUGUUUCUAAAGACCGUGCUUUUGAAGGGGCCAAGUGUCUUGCUCAAUAUGUGCCUAAAGAUACGCUUGUUCUUGCUACUGUCAAUGUCGGUGAAGGUUUCAAUCAACGCGUUGAACUCGAGAUCUUGGAUGAUGCUGAAACUCGUAAUGUCUAUACAAAGAAGAGUAAUGUGAAUGGUGAACUUCGAAAUGCUUUCAAUACAAACAAUGAUGGUGAUGUCAUAGUUUGUUUCACUAACAUUCUUGAUGACGGCUUUCAAGAAGGUCCUCAAUACAAGCGUGCUAUUGAAUUACAAUUCAGUGUAGGUGCUGAAGCCACUGACUUUAAAAAAAUGGCAAAUGCUGAAAAACUUGAUCCAUUGGAACUCGAACUUCGCAAGUUAGAGACGGUUGUCAAGGAAAUUGUUGAUGAAAUGAAUUAUUUGAAGCGUCGCGAAGCUAAAUUGAGAGACACGAAUGGUAAGUGGAUAUUGUUUUAUACAUUUGUUGUAGAUUGACACAUCUACAUAGAAUCAACCAAUGAACGCGUCAAAUGGUUCAGUAUUCUCUCUUUAUUCACACUCUUUGGCCUUGGUACUUGGCAAAUCUUGUAUUUGCGUCGUUUCUUUAAGAGAAAGAGAUUGAUUGAUUAAGUACAAUGUAAAAAAUAAAAAUGUAUACUAUUUGAUAUCAUGCGCGAAAAAGG